AUGGCGUGGGCCUCGCUCGUCCCCGUAUUCAUCGCAUUUGGCUGUCUCCCCACCCACGUGGUCUUCCGCCGCGAUUUGCGGACCAUGUUCUUGUUGCUCGGCCUCCUAUUGGACGACACGUUCAACCACGUCAUCAAGCACUCGCUGGAGAUGCCACGUCCGCCGCACACGUGCGCGGCGCUCGAGGUGUGCGAUUCGCACGGCAUGCCGUCCGCGCAUUCGCAGUUCAUGGCGUUCUUCGCGACGUUCGCGACGUGGCUCGCGUGUUACAAGCUGGAUUACGAAGACGAGAGGUGGCGAUGGGUCACCGCCGUCCUCCCCUGGCCCUUCACGUUUCUCACAAUGGCAUCGCGGGUGUACCUCGGUUACCAUACGAUACCGCAGGUCCUGGCAGGCUUCACUCUCGGCAUUUUCUCGGGCUCCUUCUGGUUCUACGUGGUGCACCGGGUGUUUGUGCCCUUCUUCCCCGCCAUCUCCGACAGCGCGUGGGGGCGGUACCUGUGCAUCAAGGACGACUGCCACAUCCGCAACGGGGCGCGUGGGGGCGCAUGGGGGCGCGUGGGGGCGCUUGGGGGCGCGUGGAGGCGGUACCUGUGCAUCAAGGACGACUGCCACUUUUGCAACGUGGCCGUCGUUGAGUACCUCAACUCGCAGCGAGCCAGGCAGGAGCAGCGAGCGACAGAGGUGCAACAGGAAGCGCAGAAGUCAGAGCAGGAGAAAUUGCUGGAGAAAGUGCAGCGGGAGAAGGAAGAUGCGGUGGAUGGGCAGCAGCAGGAGGGUAAGCAGCAGCAGGCAGCAGAGGAGAGCAUGCAUGAUGGUUCUGCCAAGAUGGAAUAG